AUGGAGCCGCGCUUCAAGCUGAGCAGGGUGAGCUCGGCACAGCCAGUGGACGCCACCGAAUACAGGAGCAUCAUGGGCAUGCUCCGCUACCUCGUCCACACCAGGCCGGAUCUUGCCUUCUCCGUUGGGUACGUCUCCCGGUUCAUGCAGGAGCCCACGACGGAGCACAUGGCGGCAGUGAAACAUGUUCUGCGCUAUGUGGCCGGGACUUUGCACUGGGGAGUGCGGUACACCCGCGGUGACCAUGAUGCGCCUCUGAUCGGCUACAGCGACAGCGAUCUGGGCGGCGAUGUGGACAACCGCAGGAGCACCACCGGCGUCGCCUUCUUCCUUGGCAGCAACCUGGUCAGCUGGCAAUCACAAAAGCAGAGGGUGGUGGCCCUCUCCUCAUGCGAGUCGGAGUACAUGGCUGCCACCACGGCGACUUGUCAAGGUAUAUGGCUCGCACGGCUGCUGGGAGAAAUAAAAGACGAAGAACUGAAGGUUGCGGUGCUCAACGUCGACAACAAGUCGGCCAUCUCAGUGAGUAAGAACCCUGUUUACCACGACCGGAGCAAACACAUUGAAAUCUGGUAUCAUUUCAUCCGGGAGUGCGUGGAGAACGGGAAGAUCCAGAUCGAGUUCGUUCAGUCUGGAGAUCAACUUGCCGAUGUACUCACUAAGGCACUCGGGCGAGUCAAGCUUCAGGAGCAGCGCAUGAAGAUCGGGAUGGUGGAGCUCGACGAAGCACACAAUGCUUAG